GAAGUACAGCUUUGUCAGCGAAACAUAGAUAUUCGUAGACAGGCCGGGCCCAACAUACUCGCUGUUCAAGGGAAAACACCAUACCAGCAACGCUUCAGCUUGAUCUGCAAGGUACCCGAGGCACGUCAUCAAUCUGGCUGCCCCUCUCGCUCGACUCUUCGUCCGAACCCCACCACGCACAUUUCUUACGCUGGCUCCCCGCGACCGUCUGAGUCUCAUUGCGAGACACCUGAACACAGGCAAUGCGCAUAUCCCAUUGAACACGCCAUACAGUACCGAGCGAGGAUCCAGCCCCAGCGACGACAUUGAGUGGUCUCCAACACGACGAACCUCCAACCUGCUGAACCAACAACAAGCAAGAGAUUUCAGCAUUGAGACUGUUUCGUUGCAAGAAGAAGGCAAGAGAGACAGGGUAGCAGCCGAAAAGAUGUCAUCGCAACCUCCGCACCCGGCGCUGCUCAUACCCGGGCCAAUCGAGUUCGAUGAUGCCGUCCUCCAGGCGAUGAGCCAUUACUCCGAGAGCCAUGUUGGGAUGCCCUUUGUCAACACUUUCGGUGAGACUCUAUCGAUGCUGCGGAAGCUCUUCCAGACGUCAGACCCGAAGAGUCAAGGCUUUGUGAUCUCCGGCUCAGGAACAUUAGGAUGGGAUCAGGUCGCUGCCAACUUGGUCGAGCCUGGCGAUGAGGUGCUCGUCCUCCAUACCGGUUAUUUUGCCGAUUCGUUUGCAGACUGCUUCGAAACGUAUGGCAUCAAGCCCACUCAGCUCAAGGCACCGAUAGGCGAGCGGCCGCAACAGAACGAGGUUGAAGAGGCCUUAAAAGCCAGGCAAUACAAACUUAUAACCAUCACCCACACCGAUACUUCGACUGGUGUACUGUCAGAGAUCGAGAGCAUAGCUCAACUUGUCCACCGUGUUUCGCCGGACACGUUGAUCGUCGUUGAUGGUGUCUGCUCCGUCGGCUGCGAAGAGAUUCGCUUCGACGACUGGGGCAUUGAUUGUGUGAUCACUGCUUCCCAGAAAGCCAUAGGAUGUCCCGCUGGCUUAUCGAUAGUCAUGACUUCUGGUCGUGCACUCGACCGCUUCAAGGCACGAACGAAACCACCAGGCUCAUACUUCGCUAGCUGGAAGAACUGGCUACCCAUCAUGCAGAAUUACGAAGCUCGGAAACCGUCGUACUUCGCAACGCCGUCACCGCAGCUCGUUCACGCUCUGCACACAUCUCUGACGCAGAUCCUCAGCCGGCCACUCGAGGAGCGGUUCCAGAAGCACAAGGAAGCCUCGCAGAAGAUCAAGAAGGCGAUUGCUGAUAUGGGCCUGAAACAACUCGCUUCCAAGCCGGAGAACCAGGCCAAUGGAAUGACUGCUAUUUACCUACCGGAGGGUAUGAGCCCUCCCGAGAUCCUGCCGACGUUGAUGAAGAAGGGUGUCAUCUUCGCUGGCGGGUUGCACAAGCAGAUUGCGGCUAAGUAUGUGCGGUUCGGGCAUAUGGGCGUCAGUGUGACUGAUCCGAAGCGGGAUGAUAUUGAUAGGGCGAUUAAGGCGUUGAAGGAGGGUUUGGAAGAGGUUGGUUACAAAGCGCCGAAUGGCUCUACAUAAAAGUCAUCCUUCUCAAAAGCGUUUGACGGGUACUAACUCCUGUACAUCUUGUAAAGCGCCUAAGUGACUUAAGGCACGCAACAUAUGCACCUUCCAGAAUGUACACAGCUGUCCACGAGUCGUCCAUAAUGUGUGUGACUGCG